GUGCCUGGGGGAGCAGCUGUAGUCGGUUGACUAUUCGGAUAAGCGCUACUAUAUUUUGACCCAAGAGCUCACAUGUCUGCGUAGGGGAAACACAGGCGGGCGCGCUGGAUAGAGAGAAGUGGCCAGGACAUCCACCUGCUCUUUUGUUACGUAAACUUCCCGGCCCUUGUAGGUCCACAAUAUCCUCAGGGCCUCUAGAUGCGCCUUCUUUUGCUUUCAAAAUUGGAGUGCAAGUGCCCCCGCCCGGCGCCGGCUGAUGACGCGCUGUCUCCUCCUUCUCCUGCCCUGGGCUUGAGACUCAGGCUGGCUGGCUGGCGUUGCGCACGGCGAGAGCGCGUUGGUUUGGUGGCUUCUCCAUUGGCGCUUUGGUGUGAGCCAUGUAUCGGGGACUCUCUGCAGAGCUCGAGAACAAAAAUGAAAUGGAUUCUGAAGAUGUUCGGUGGUCUGCUCAAAAGGUAUCCUUAAGGGACAAGUAUUGUCAGACUGACCAUCACCAUCAUGGAUGCUGUGAAACAGCCAUAACAUUGGAGCCUGGAGACCCACCUCUAUUACAACAGCCCGUGCAGACUUCUAGAUCUGGUAUCCUGCAAAUUAUUGAAUGUUUUCGAUCUGGUACAAAGCAGCUAAAACACAUGUUAUUAAAAGAAGUGGAUACCAUAUUUGAGUGCAAAUCAUGCCGCAGCCUCUUCAGGGGACUUCCAAACCUAAUCACCCAUAAACAGUUCUACUGCUUAUCUAAACUGCACAUGGAAGAAUGUCCAUCCACUGAAAAUGAUAAACCAGGUCAAGAAAUGAAAGAUCUCCUGGAGACGAUUUACCCAAAAGCAGAUAAAUCUGAAUUAGUAAUACAGCUUGAACCAAUUCAGACAAAUAAAAAUGCUGUUUUUCAGUACGUUACAACAGCUGCGGAAAUCAGCACGGUUAACCACAGUCCACCAGAUCCUGAUCCUGGUGAGGUUCAAGUGACGGAAACAGUACCUUCAACAACAAUUUCAGCUCCGCAAACAGAAAUGAAUGAACAACCCCCUUCAGAUAAUAGCAAAAAGGAACCCAGUUCCAGUAUUUCGGUGGAAAGCCCAGUACAGACCAUCAGUUUUGUUCCAAAGCCCAUCAAAACAGUCAGCAGCAGUCAUCCAUUUUCUUGUCGUGUUUGCAAGAAAGCUUUCACCUGCAGGCGAAGUAUUAGACGACAUAUUAAAAAGGUACACAGAAAAAAGCUAGAGGAUAUAAAGAAAUUUAUUGAAGUACAACGAAUUCCAAAACUAUCAAAAGGACGUAAAAGAGUUCACACAACAUCAAGCAAUAGCUGUCACGUGUGCCAUAAAUCUUUUGCGACAAAAGCCAAUGUUAGAAGACAUAUUGAUGAAGUACACAAAGGAAUGAGACGAGAUUCCAGCAUUCCCGAAGUAACUGCAAAGCCUGGGAAAACCUCGGCUUCUGAAAUUUCGUCUCCUAAAAAAACGGUGAAGAGUUUGCCUCGUGGGCAAAAGCCUUCUGGCAAAUCUGAUUUUAGUUUAAGUUCAUGCAAAUGCCCAUACUGUAAGAGACGAUACACUUCACGUUACCUACUAAAAAAGCAUAUUCACAUAGUACACAAGGCAAUGGUUUCUGGGAAAGAUUGUAAACAAGCUAAAGAACGAAAUCAUGCUGCUAAUGCAGAUGUUAAAGUGAAAACUGAAAGCUUAAACACUGUAGAACCUUCAACAAUAACUGUUUCUAAUUCGUCUAAUAGUGAAUUAAAGGGAGCUCAUUCUGCAAAUGAAAAAAAGAGCAUACCUGCAGCACAAAAAAGUAAAGCAAAAUCCGAUGCAGAGUCUCCCAAGGCUAGUCCAGGUGACAAGAAGAAAUUCAAGAAGCCCAAACUUUCAGCUGGCUUUGACUUCAAGCAGCUUUACUGUAAACUUUGUAAAAGACAGUUCACAUCAAAACAGAAUCUUACAAAGCAUAUUGAAUUGCAUACAGAUGGCAACAACAUUUAUGUUAAGUUUCACAGAUGUCCUCUUUGUAGCUAUGAAACCCGUAGGAAACGUGAUGUCAUUAGACACAUUACUGUUGUGCAUAAAAAGUCACAACGGGCUCUUGUGAAAAUAACUGCAAAUUUGGAAAGUAGGGCAAUAAAAAAACCUAUUGAAACCAUUCUAGAUAAGGUUAUGAAAAAAGCUCCACAAAAAGAAAAAUCAAAACAACUCACUUUAAAACAAGAUGGAAUUUCUCCAUCUCCUAAUAAAAAACACAAUGCGGGAGAAGCAAGCAUUGAAGUAAAAGUGACCAAAAGUUUUUCACUGCUUAAAUGUAAUAAAUGUGGCAAAGCAUUUGCAAAAAAAGCAGAUCUGGACCAGCAUAAAAAAGAUCACAAAGCAAAUAGCUCAUCCAUGGACUCCAAAGCCAAAACCAAAGGAAGAAGUACAAGGUCUAAAACACUGAUAUGAGGAAAGCUUUAUCCUUUCUACAUGAUUUCUAAUUUUUCAACUGAAGGCUUAUCUUGGUUUUAUUCCAUUGAUAGUGCAGGGUUUUUGAGUGAAUAUAACUACAUGCACUAAAAUGAACAUGCAGAGUGUUGUAUGUCUUUGGCUUGAAUUGUAUUGCUCUGAUUCAUGUUCUCUCCUGCAUGCUGCUGAACAAAGCAGUGCACUUACAAGAUAUGUUAUACGUAUUGUAGAGAAUGAUACUACUACAUCUUUUCCGUUGGGUUGUUGUAUUAUAAAAAAUUAGCUUUUCACUGUUUGAGUGAAACAAAUGAAGGAUAAUUGUAAGUACACUUUGCUUCACUUAUAGAAUGAAAUGAAAUAAAUAACCUACUAGCAUUGAAUACUUCUACAAAAUAGCUGCCAACUAUCAUUAAAUAUUUAUUUUCUGAUGCUAGGGGAUAAAAAGGUAGUCAAAAGAGAUACUUUGCUUAGAGUUAUUGCUUUGCCACAAUCUAAGCAACAUUAGCAAUUUUUUUUAAUUUGAAGAAUCUAUAUGGGCUGAUUAAAUGAAAGUCUACUUCUCUCACUAUAGAAAUUAUACGAUUCUCCAAUUUACUUUAUGCUGUUGUUUGCCCAAAAGAACUCGUAAUCUAUUGGUUUUGUUUUUAGAACACAGUUCAUGAAGGUAAGUUGUACCACGCUGGUUCAGUGGAGUUUUCAAGAGCAAUAUCAAGCAGUGUAAAAUGGCUUGGCAAGCUGCCUUUCCCCAUUCAAGCAUUUGAUUUUAAUGCUUCUGAGUAGAAAAGCAGACAGUCAAAAAACUGCAUUCUAUAUACCUAUUAUUAAUAUAUUACCUGCAAGUGGCAAAUAUAUAUUUUUAUUCCUAAAAAAAUCUUUUGUGCUUAAAGUAUUUUACCACUUGCCUUAUUAAGUGCAAGUGGUAAACAUAUCCAUAUAGUAAAUAAAUAAGUAUAUGAGACUGCCUUGGGAAUAUUCCUGCUUGCAAUUUUUGGUACAAAACAUAUAAGGAUUAUCCCUGCAAAUAAACAGCAAAAUAAAAUUAUGCAGGUGACUGUCUUAUAAUUAAUCUAUACUUUGCCAAAACAAGACUAGUUGUCUUGAUAAAAGUUUUACCCCCAUAUGUAAUAAAAAGCAUUAAUUUUACCCAGAAGCACUAACCCAUAGCAACCAAUAAUAUGUUUGCUUUUAAACAGGUGAUCAGUAAAUACUUCCUGGUGGUUGCUAUGGGUUACUGCUUCUGGGCAAAUUCAGUGCCUUUUAUUGCUUAACCCAGUUAGAGUUCUUAAUGCUGCUAAGGAUGCUUUAUUUCCCUUUACUGUGAAACUGAUUAAAUUUGCUUUAUGUUUUUAAGGGAUUUUUUUUUCUUAUUUUGUAACUUGUAUUGGGUCAGAGCAACUUGAUCCACUAUUAAGAAUUAUGUUUGUAAUUUUUCACUCAUUUAAGAGUGCAUGUAUUUGGAGUUUGUGCUCUUCCUGAAGUCUUUCUGUCACUGACCUAAUCUAUAUGAUUUAUUUAGCCUUGUUUGUAGGGACAUCAAUGGAGUUGAUUUGCGUUAAUAGAGUAUAUGCACUUCAGGAGGCAAAUACUAAAACUACUUAGCAAUAGAAGGGAAAUUAAGCCAAGUUACCACUUAAACAAUUGUCACAUAGAUAUCAUCUAAAAUUUCUCUAAUGUUGUAAAAACUUACAUUAAAUAUAUUUGUUCUUCUGAGACUUUUUUUUUUCAGUCUGUUACUUAGUAUAGAUUUAAGUUAUUAGUUAUGUAUUUAAUACUUUAAUAGUUUAGAGUUUUGGAGGUCCCUGUGAUUACAAAACACAGUUUUGAAUUUAAAAGGAUACUAAAGAAAAAAAAAUCAAAAACUGGUCUGCUUUGGAAUGAAGCCCACAUGUUCUGUGCAGCUGCAGUUAGUAACAUCAUACAUUAUAUGUGAAACACCAGCAGCAGAUCAGUUGAUCACCAAAGCAGUUGCAUGCAGUGUAACCUUUGCAUAUUUAUUAUUUUUUGGAACUCAAUGUUUUGGGGUCAUUCCCCUUCAUAAAGCUGUGUUGGCUCGAUAAAUGAGCGUGCCCCGAAACAUUGCUUUUCAAAAAAAAAAAAAAAAAAUGGUUUACCCUGCAUGCUACUGUUCUCUUGUGCUGGUGUUUUGCUUAUGUUGUCACUAAAUUAGGAGGUGGCUGGCCCUCCAGCACCAAGCUUAAAGGGACUGAAAACACAUAAAAACACCUUUUAUUAAAAAAAAAAAGGGCUCAAUAAAUAGAACUUGUGUUAAAAUCGCUUUUUGCCUAGUCAUUUAAUUUGUGCCUUUAUAACACUAAUUAGAAAUUUGAUGAAUGUCCCAUCCCCUUUCCUAUUAUAAACAGGGCAAUUUGUUCAGAGCUCCUUAUCUGCUCAUUAUCAGAGAGCUUCUCUGUUGACUGGGUAGUUUAGUUUUAUCAGAUAGUUCUUCACUCAUCAGAACCAGAAAGAGACAGGAAGUGCUAAAGUGAAACUGGUUUCAUUAUCUCCUUUACUGCCAGAAAUAACAAAAUUUAAAACAAUUGGUAAACGUUAUGCUCAGCACAUGCCCUAUUCAUUGAGUUCAUGUUGAAAUGGGGUGUAUGCUAUCCCUUUAGUUCUUUAUAGAUAUUUUGGGUGUGCUGGUAAUUUCCAUUAUAGGAUACAGCUACAACUAGUGUCAUAGUUUGACAUCUGUAGUUGUCCAUAUUCAAUGCCACCUUUACAACAGUAAUAGAGUAACCCUGCUCACUGCACUCGCCAUGUCUAAACCACUCAUUCCAUAGCUUCAUUUAUUGUAGAGGGCAGGGCAAGGAUGGCAAGUAAGCAAGCUGCUCUGUCACUACAGUCUACAGACAAAUGAACAAGUGCUAUAUUGUGAGCCUGACUACGGAUAUUUAUUAACCUGUUAGAGUUCAAUAAUACUCUUUUUCUGUCAUAUUGCAACACACAGAUACUUUUUCUUUUCCUGUAAGGUAGGUUCAGAAAAUGUUCUAAUUCAGUAUAUUUGUACGAAACUUGCAUACUGUUUUCAGUUUGAGUAGAAAAAUAAUUUGUUUUUGUGCUUUUUUGUGAAAAUGUAUAACAGACUUUUGUUUUAAUAUUUUUCAAAUAGAUUUAAUAUUAUCAGAUCUAAAUACACUUCUGUGAUCUGAAUGUAAUGAAAAAAGUAAUAGUUUUGUGAUGGCACAUGCCCUUUUUGGAUAACUGUAUUACUUUUACUGGAAAUAAAAACUGGAAUUUUUCAACUAGUU